ACUGCAGCGGUGAGCCGAGGGGCGGCGGGGCGUGAGUCGCCACCACGGCCCCGACCAGCCAGCCCCGCGCUCGUGAAACUCCGGUUGUAUUUGCCAAAAAUCAGUGGACAAUUAAGGCAGCUAGCACGCAGAGUGGUAGUGGUGACAGAGUGGUUUUUAGUUUGAUGGUGAGGUGGUGUUACGCGUCCGAAUAUAAAAGCUAUCAUCGCGAAAGAGAGAUGGAUAUUAGAAGAUCAGCCGUUUGGCUACUGCUGCUGCUGCUGGCUGUUCCUGUCGAAGUUUCUCCUCCAUUUCGGGAGUCCAAUCCCGACUCAGACGGAGCCGCCAACACCCUUACCGAAGCUGACCUCAGCACUGACGGCCUGCCAGCCGACAGUGGCCUCUUCAUAGAGGUGGUCUCCAGUCCCAGCUCGUGCAUGGUCAAGGCCAACGGAAGAAUGGUGCUUUACCGCGAGAAGCUGGACGGCGCGCCGCCCAGUCUCCCGCUGACAUUCUUCCACGAGGACCACAGCACAGACGGCAUGUACGUGGUGACGCUGCACCCGGUCACGGGCCGCGCCACCGGCCACGUGUUCGCGGACGGCCACAGCGCCGACGGCGCCUUCCACGGCGUACAGGAGUUCGUGCAGCACGUGCAGCCCGGACGGGUGGUCGUCUUCUGCGUUCUGGCCGAGUCGGCUCUGUCGAUGGACUCCAUUGGCGAGUCGCUGUUCACGGCACUCAACUCGAGCUUUGCUCCCGACAUCCAGCUGCGCUCCAUGUUUGCGCUGGUGGCCGUCAAAGGUGGCCCGGUGGUGGCCGAGGGCUACAACCUGAAUCUGGACGCGCUGGACGCGCUCCACCCGGGCUACACGCUCCGGCUGACCACCACCGUACCGCAUACCACCGAGACGGUAUGCAAGGAGCUAAAGAAACCCGAGAACAAAGAGCGGCUGGAAUUUUGCCAAAAAUACGACGGCUAUCGGCGCCUCUGCGACUGCGGCAGCCCCAUUCCGAUACACUACCCUCCCAAACCGUUUGAUGGAGGAAGAUUUUCAAGUUCCCAGUCAUUAUCAUGGCAGUAACCGUCCCACAAUUUAUCAGG